GAUCGUUCAAUAUUCAUCCCUUGGUCGGACGAGAGCGCCCGAGAACAGUAGCUCCAGACGAGGGCACGAAUCGACCCUUCCUUCCUUUGCGUCCUCGCCCGCGGAACUGUUCGAUCGCGGCACUGUUCCACCACGGAACACGUACAACAAUACAUAUUACCAGAUAGAGCGUCAGAUCCUGACUGUCGUCGUCCGUUCGUUCGUUCGUUCGUUCGUUCGUUUGUUCGUUCGUUCGUUCGUUCGUGGUGAUUAUUCGCGGAGAGAAAUUUUUCGAUUCUUCUCUCCAUCUUUCGUCUAGUCGUAAAGGAUGGAGGGUAAAAAAGUCGAACAGUAUUACACUCCACCGCCGAAGCUUGGCAAAUGGGAGGGUUUCAGGGUCUUUGUAUGGAACUCCGAGACUGGACAGUUUCUGGGGCGCACAGGCGCUAGUUGGGCCAAAAUAUUAUUAUUCUACGUUAUUUUUUACGCGGUACUGGCUGGUUUCUUCGGAGCGAUGUUGACGGUGUUUUAUCAAACGUUAGACCCGAACGCACCGAAAUGGCAAUUGGACAACUCCUUGAUAGGUAGCAACCCCGGCCUUGGUUUCAGGCCCAUGCCUCCUUCGAGCAACGUCGAGAGUACCUUGAUCUGGUACAAAGCCAGCGACGAGGGAAACUUUUUACACUGGACCAGAGAAUUGGACAAGUUCCUCGAAGAAUAUCAGAAACCAGCUUCGUCGACGAACGGUGCCCAGAAAAGGACGAUCUGCGAUUACGGGAAGCCACCAGCGCCGGGCAAAGUGUGCGACGUGGAUAUGUCGACGUGGGGCCAGUGCACGAAGAAGAACAAAUACGGUUACAACAAAUCCGCUCCUUGCAUCUUCCUCAAGUUGAACAAGAUCUUCGGAUGGAAGCCCGAAUAUUACAACGACACGAAGAAUCUGCCCAGCACCAUGCCGGCCGAUCUUCAAGAGCACAUCAAGGCGGAGGAGCACGCCAACAGGUUGGACACUGUAUGGGUCUCGUGCUCGGGCGAGAAUCCAGCCGACGUUGAGAACAUGGGCGCGAUACAAUACAUACCGCGCCGCGGCUUUCCCGGAUAUUAUUUCCCUUUCACAAACACUCCCGGAUACCUGAGUCCCCUCGUAGCUGUCUUCUUCGAGAAGCCUCAAUACGGUGUAUUGAUCAACAUCGAGUGCAAAGCUUGGGCGCACAACAUCAUCCACGAUAGAUUCGAGAGGCGUGGCUCGGUACACUUCGAGCUGAUGGUGGACUAAAAGCGGCGACCGCAUCUUUUUGCAACAACCAAGCAGCAAACCGAACGCGUCCAAGUAACGACACAAGGAGAAGGAGAAGGGGGAACACGAUAAGAGAAAUUUCUUUUUUAAAAUCUCUCGGUGACCACUCCCUCCGCCCGCUCCCCUCCGUUUGUUCCCCGCGAUACCGCCCCGCCCCUCCCCCCGGCCGCGGUUACUCCCUGAUAUCUAAUAUCGGAUACUUAACCCGUCGUUUCUUCACUUUUCUUUCUCGCGCACGCUUCUCAUCCGUAUCGUCAUCCGUGAAACGGGCCGACUUUUCCUCGGGGAAAAGGAAAAACGAAGAACGAGAAAACGAAAUCGUCACCCAUCGAUCGUGUUCGCUUCGCUCGGCGGCAUUCGCGUUGCUCUCGUAACUCUGUGCGUGUGUGCGUGUCGCGUGUGUGUGUGUAUGUAUGUGUGCACGCGAUUUUUCGAUGCUCGUCUUGGCUUCCGCAAAAGCAUCAUAAAACGGACCAGUAAAAAUUGGCUAUUCGUAUCGUAUCUGUGUAUCUGUGUAUGUAUGCGUAUAUAUAAAUGUGUAUAUAUACAUACGUAUACAGAUGUGUAGAUAGAUACGUAUGUACAGUAUACGUAUACGUGCGCGUUACGUAUCAGGAUGCACAAAAGGGCGCGUUGAGAAGCGAAAAAAUUCUGCACAAAAGAGGGGAAAAAAAUAAAGUCACACUCGGGCGGUAUUCUCACUCGUUUCUACCGAGGGGGAGUGAAAGGAGGGUGGUGGUCAAAGGAGGGAUGAUCGUGAUCUAGAUUUCCAUCGAUCGAAGGAUGCGAUAAGAGAUUUCCCUCACUUUUUUCUCCAAUUUGUUUUUCGCGAAAUAACGCUUUCCGUUGUUCGUCGCUUGAUUUCUUCGGGGGGUCUCGUUGGCGGGCAGAUGGGCUUGCACACGCACCUUUCUUCUCCUUUUUCUUACUCCGUUUACUUCCUUUCUUCUUUUCUCCUUUCUUUCUUCCCUUCCUCGACGACUUAUCCGACGACUUCGCCCGGUCGACGAGACCACCUUACUAGCCACGUGUAGGGUACACCGAGGAUUAAAGAAAUCGUUGCCCCGUAGUUGGUGCCACUGGUAGACGUAUUGAAAAAAGAAAAAGAAAAAAAAAAAGAAAAAAAAAAAAAGAAAAUGUUUAGCGCGUUUAUGCCCGUCGGUACGGUGCACCCGGCACGGUGGAACUUUUGAUUUCGAAUUUUCACGAAGAAGCUCUCGGUUUGUGGCUCUCUCGGUGUCGAAUCUCGAUCGAAAGUUCCGUCGUCUCGGGGGAGAGAAGGGGAAGCGAGAAGGGGGAGGAGCAUGCGCGCGCAAGCGAAUCGCGAAAGAAAAGGAUACGACGAAACGGGGGGAGGGGAUGCGUAACGAGGCGGCGCGUGACUACCCUCUCGAUCGAUCGAAUCGUAUUUUACGCCGCGAGUACAAGUUCGUUUCGCCGUUGUGGAACUUUCGAUUGGAAAUCCUUUCGGGAUUUUUAUCAACUUUGUGAUAGAUUUCUAUUUUAUUAGGCAAUUGUUUCGGAGAGGAGAAAAACGGGGAGGGGAUGGGUCGAAAGGGAGGUCGAUUUUCUAAUUUCGAUCGAUGAAGAAAAGAAGGAGGGGGGGAAGGGAGAAGGAGAAGAGGAAGAGCAGAACAAGAAAGAAUUUUCGGAUUUUCGUUUAAAGUUCCGCCUGUAACGAGAUAGAUCAUAUUACAAUAUCGUGUUUACAGUACACAGUGAUUAAUGGUGGUAACGUGUAUAAAUUAAACAAGAAAAAUGGAAAGUGACGUUUGAAAGAAUUAAUAUAUAGACGGAAGAGGGAAACCUUUCAUCGACGAAAGGUUAGAAUAAUCGAAACAUUAUAAACGAAUAAAAGCAAUCUUAUAUUUUCUUUGAUUUUUCUUCUAUUACGUUUAAUCUAUAUGUACAUAUAUAUAUAUAUAUAUAUUAAAAGAGAAACGAAGAAAAAACUUCAAUUUCAUUCGAAUUGCUCAAACGUUUCGAAGCGGAGAUAGAAGAAAGAUAAAUUCGCUCGUGUUACCGCCAUUAACGUUAACAAAAAGAUGUAAAUAGAUUCGAAGCAAAUAAGAGCGGAAGAGUGUUGAAAAAAAAAGGAAAUUUCGUUUUGUCGGAUUUCGAUUUGUCGAGAAAAAGGAGCGCGCAGUUUGCACUCUCUGGGGGAAAAGUUUAAUCAGCCUAGUGAUAAUCGUACAACACCGUAUGGGAUAUGUAUUUAUUGAUUAUAUCGUACCGCAUGAUAAUAUCUAGUGCUAGUCCACGCAAUCGUAUAGUCGAUAGGUUGUAUCAUCAGUCUAGAGAUCAGAGGAGUUAUGUUCCGUUUUCGAUGACGUCGCGAUUUGAAUUUUUUUUUUUUUUUUUUUAGGCCACGCUAAUUAUCACGAAAAAUUCCCACCUCUUAUAUCUCGCAUCGCGAUUCAUCCAAUCAUCGUCACGAUCUCUCACGAUCUCUCGCUAAGCUUCGCCAAACUCGUUAUUUUUUGUUACUCGAUCCUUUUCCUUUCUUUUCUUUUCUUUUCUUUUUUUAUUUAUUACGGUAACGUACUUAACAACAGAAUCGAACGAAAUCGAACGUUCAUCUUCUGAUCUCCUGAGUCUUUGUGGCUUGAACAUAGAAGCAAAGCUGGUUAUUCCGAGAGCUUGUUCGUUUCUUCGAGAAUUCGACAGCGUUUGCGCGUUAGUCGCCGCCCCUUUUCACAGUCUGGGAUCACUCUAUUAGGACGUUCAUUAUAUACGUAUCGUUGGAAAGAGGCGCGGUUACGCCGUGAAUUUAAUCGAACACGGCGUGGAAGGAUCCUUUAAUCGAUCCUCGCCUUAAUUGUUCGCAAACGCUCGCAUCAAACACUACCAAAGUUCUACUGCCAUUAUACGUGUGUCCAUCUGUUACCUCUUACGAAUCUUUUUUGGAUUCAGUUGCAACUCAAACUUAACCUUCGCGCACGUUGAAAACGUUCGAGAUAGUUGAUAUCGAUUUUUCGUAUCCCCGAUAUAUAUAUAUUUUUUUUUUAUUUAUUUAUUUAUUUAAGAUCUCAAUUUUAAACCGAAUACGAUCGCGUUGAAUGAAAAAUUCCAUUAAAUUCGAUCGAUCUUUGACGAUUGUGCGAACAAAACGACAGUACAAAGGCUAUAGAUCAAGCGAUCCGAACGGGCGGCGACUUCCACUUGUGAGCGCUGCCAAACAAAUAUAACCUAUAUUAUUUUAUCCUUAUUAUUUAUUUACAAUAACGAAACGUAUCGUGCGAUUAUAUUAUUAUUAUUAUUAUUAUAAUUAUUAGUAUCAUCGUCGUCAUCGUUAUUAUUAUUAUCAUUAUUAUUCACAUUAGUAUUAAUAUCAUCGUUAUUAUCGUUAAUCAAUGAUUGACGAUCACUUAUUUUUGAGUCCUCGCCCGGAGCCAUAUUGAGAAUAAGAAAAAGAGAAAAAAAAAAAAACUUAAAUAUAGAGAUUAAUCGUCGACGACACUAUUAACUUUUAAGAAAAAAAAAAGAAAAAAAAAAAAGAAAAGGAAGGGUGAAGGGAAGGAAAAGAGGGGGGGAGAAGAAGGAAGAAAGACGAGAAACGAUGAUGGAUUAUGCGUUGACGGUAAUAAAAGUACUAUUAUAGAAAUUAUUACACUUGUAUCUGAAGUGCACCGAAUCGAGGAGCGAUUAUAUAUUCAUCGUUGCGAACGAGCCGUUUCUAAAAUAAUAGAAGAACAACAACUGUUGAAGUAUAUAAAUAAGGAUCACGACGUUUCGCGAAAGUAUGGACGAACAAGUAUGGAGGGAAAGUAGGAAAGGUGGGGAGAAAAGCUUGGUAUCGGGAGAGGGGGGGGAGAGGAGGGGAGGGGGGAGACAAAAAAAAAAUAUCAUGCUUAAAGUUUCUCGGUUCGCCGUCCCGAAUUUCCAUUUUUCGAAACGAAAUUGGAUCAACUUGAAGGGAAGGUGGAUGGAAAGCUGGUAAAUAUUAUUACAGAUAUUAUUCAAACUGAUAUUAUCGGUCAUGGCAUAUUUUGCUAUCCUGCAUAUACUAUACGUUCAUUCUCCAGAUUCUAUUUGGGACAUGUUUCCUGUGUGAUAAUUGUUAACUCGAUUUUAGCGCUUUAAGUAUGCACGUAUGAGAAUAUGCGAGUAUGAGAGUAGAUGAAAAUUUUGACGAGAACAAAAAAAAAAAAAAAGAAAAAAAAAUGUGGCGGAAUUAUAUAAGCUUUAAGAUAUAUUUAAAGAUGUAUCGAAUAUAUUAUAAAAUUAUAUAUACGUAUAUUUAAUAUAUAUAUUAUAUAUACUUUACGUAUGAUAUAUAUAUUAAUACUAUAUAUUAUAUAUAUAUAUAUAUCACGUGAAUACACCUAAGAUAUUAUUACCAAAGAUAAUUUUAUCGUAAUUUCCUGAAUAGCCGGUAAAAUUUAGUGAAAAUUCGACAGAAGAACUCGCGAUAUCGUAUGAAAUGUAUGAACGCUAAGGGGGGGGAAAAAAGAAAAAAAGAGGGAAAAAAAAAAACGAUAAGAAAAUAUUAUUCCAACUAAAACUAAAACUAAAAUUCCCAUAAGUACUUUUAAGUGUGAUUCGUAUAUUAUAACGCAUAUAUAUAUAUGCAUGCAUACCGGUUAUAUUUAACUAUUCGUUAAACGAUAUGUGUAUUAUUACGUAAACUAUAAGACGUUCGAAGACGUUCAUCGUACGUAUGUUAUGUAUAUGCGUUUGGAACCGCUCGGAUAAAUAAUUGACACAGUCGAUACAGCAGACAGAGUGGUGGUUUACGUGACAGCUUAGACCAGGUUAAGGUUAUGUCGAAAAUUCGAUCGAGCGAACCAAUGUGUGUGAUACUCGAAAUAUAUUCAUAUACGUGGUCGGGAAAUAAUGUGAAAUUCUUACGGUCGAAACAUCGUGCCGUUGAUUCUUAAUAUUGGAUUUAUCUUCACGGUCCUCGUUUAAAAUAUCUUCCGAUUUUAAUACUCGCUUCAGAAAAAUUGACAUUUUUCCGUUUAUAAGGUUAACCUGCUUAAGUGCACACGUAUGGAAAUUCAAGCGAAAUUCUCGCCGAUUCUUGUUGAUAUUUUAAAUUGCGAAGCCAGAAAAAAUCUGUUUCGAAUUUUUCAAUUCGAAUUCAAUCCGGGGAAAAAGGAAAUUAUAGCAAAUAUAUCGAUAUAUCUGUAGCAGUCGUGUAUCUACAUAUGAAUACCCAUCACUUGCAUCUUAUCUUUCAUAUCUUUGCGACUUUUUAUGUAUAGAGAAGAGUUUGAACCAAAGAUGAUAUUGCCACAGUGAAAAAGAAGGAAAUAGUUGCGAGAAAUAAUACUAGUGAAAUAAAAGCAGAAGAUAAUAAAUAACGAACGAAUGCUCGUGGAAUACGCUACUAUAAGCAUUCCAAAGAAUAUAAAAUACCAUAAACGCUUAUGUUAUGGUUACAGGAUUUCUUCCUGUAUCCGAUCACUAAGAUUUUACCGUAGACUGCGAAGACUCGAAUUUAGCAUAGCGCAAAAAUUAUUGUAAAUUUUCUCGUUCCGCGACACCUAUUGCUUUUGAGUCUUCGUACACCUACACUUGUUGUUGUCGAUUAAAAAAGAAAAAAAAAAAUUAUGUACUACUAGAUCCAUUGUGACGACAUUGAUUAUUAGAUGUUUAAGAUAUUACCGUUGAUAAUAUAUUACAUAUUAUGAUCUACGCCAAUAUAUAGCUGUCAAAAGAGGCCUGUCAGAGAGAAUCGUACAACGAGACGAAACGAGUAGCACGAAAGAUCGUUUUUAACUCGGACGAUUUGUAAUGAAACUAUAUCAACUUCUAUAUCGAAAUAUCGAUAUUUAUUGUUUCCAAUAAUAUUUCCAAUUUAUUUUUACGAUUGAUCAAAAAAACAAAACAAAAAAAGAAUAACUCAAUUUGGUAAAGUAAAAGGAAUAGAAUCGAAAGAUUUUUAGGUUAUAUUCGUUCUUUCGUGUAAUCGACUUUGCAUGUAAACGAGAAUAAAGAUGAGAAUUGUGAAAUUGCGAAAAAAUUUACCGUACUAAUAUCGAAAAAAGAUAAGCAAACGUGGAUAAAUGACAAAGUUUGAAACAAUUCGAGAAAUUUGUCUAUCGAGAACUUUAAUGUAUACGAGCUUUCGAUCCCAUAUCGUUGUGAUGUCACUUUUGAUUUCGAAAUUAGGACUUCGAUCCCGGCGAAAAGAUCUUUAAGCAUGAAUAUUUGAUGAUAAUUUAAGAUGAGAUGGCAUGGCUGUUGAUAUCAUCAUUAUGCUUGAAAUGUGUUAUGAAAAAUAAACAGAAUGUAUAAAAGCCCUUCA